AUGUCUUUUUCCUCUUCUUCGGAAAAGGUAAUGGGUUCCCAAUUGAUUCGUCGAAUCUUGUCAUUGUGCCCACCGGAUACGCUGAGGACUCGUGGGUGCCGAACGGCACUUACUGGUGUCGGCAAUGGGUGCAACUCCACUGAUCAUGUUGAUCUGCCAAUUUAUUGGCUGCUCCGGGUUUGGUCGUGUGCUCAGAUACUAAUCAAGUUUGCCUUCGUUGAUGAGGCGUUCAAUGACUUUGCGGAGGGCGAUGCACGAUUCUGUAUCGUGGCCGUUAUAUUGGUGGUAUCUACAGAACAUUCUGAUGUCUUUGUCUCUUUCGGGAGGGAGCUUCCGGCCUUUCGACUUUGGAAUCAUUUGAUUUUCAUUCAUGAGAACGUACUCGUAAGUGGUGUUGAGUAG